CUUAGCACGGCUUCAACUCAGCAUCCUUUGGGGUGAAGACAGCAUGAUGACUGUGGCUCUGACCCUCCUCACAGCAGCCGGUGUGUUCUCACUGGGAGUUGGGCUGUGGGUUAUCUGCAGCCAACUUGCAACUGUGGAUAUCCCUGCAGGGAUUGACCAACCCUUUAAACUGAGGAUCUUUAGCUACAUUUUCCAACUGCUGAUAACAUGGGGGAUGAUUUUUGAGAAAUUGGGAAUCUGUCAUGCAACAGAGUUUGUCAGUUUCAUGCAUGAUCUGCCCCCAUUAAAGAAGCAUCCAGGUGUUGUGGUCACAGAUCUCCACUUUGGGACAAUCCCUGUAAAGCUGUACAAGCCUGAGGUACCUUCAAGCAGUCCCAGACCUGGUGUUGUCUUCUAUCACGGCGGUGGAACUGUCCUGGGGAGCUUAAAAACUCAUCAUGACUUCUGCUCACAUUUGUGCAAGAACAGUGACUCAGUGGUUCUGGCAGUUAAAUACCGCAAGUCUCCCAAGUAUAAGUUUCCAGUGAUGACAAACGACUGCAUAGCAGCCACCAUCCACUUCCUGAAGUCCUUAGAUGCACAUGGAGUGGAUCCAGCUCGGGUUGUUCUCUGUGGUGACAGUGUGGGAGGGGGUGUGGCAACGUUAAUUUGUCAAAUAUUUGUCAACCGUCCAGAUCUCCCCAAGAUUCGUGCUCAUAUUCUGAUCUACGCUAUGCUGCAAGCCCUACACUUCCAGUCCCCUUCCUACCAGCAGAACAGGAACAUCCCACUGCUCACAUGGAAUUUUGUUUUCUACUGUUGGUGUCAUCACAUGGAUAUCAGCCCUUCCUGGAAAAGUGCAGUAGAGAGAGGUGCCCAUUUGCCUCCAGAAAUCUGGGAGAAGUACAGAAAAUGGUUGGGUGCAGAGAACGUUCCAGAGAGGUUUAAGAAGAGAGGGUAUCAAUCCAGGCCCCUUGAGCCCCUGAAUGAGAACACUUACCUGGAGGCAAAGAUGGUUUUGCACUGGACAUGCUCACCCCUGAUCACAGGAGAUGACAUAGUGUCUCAGAUCCCAGAAGCUUGCAUUGUAAGCUGUGAAUAUGAUCUUCUCCUCGACGAUUCACUCCUGUACAAGAAGAGACUGGAAGACCUGAAGGUGCCAGUGACUUGGCACCACAUAGAGAAUGGUUUUCAUGGAGUGCUUACCACCAUUGAAAAAGGUUUCUUUCACUUCCCCUGCUCCGUGAGAAUUCUGGAUUUGGUUGUCAAUUUUAUCAAGGGAUUAUGACCCUCUUUACUUCCCAAGGAAGCUCUACUAUCAUGUGAGAUAGAUGCUUUCUGAGUCAUUUUUCUGAUGCUUUCUGAGUGACACUGAGUGGAGCUAGGAAGGGAUAGAGGUGGUUUUCUCCAUCCUAGUCUGGAUUCUAGAAUCAUACAAUGCAUGUUCUUUCUGCUGCCUGGAGCAAAACAGAAGAGAAAGAUUUGGAGGGUAGGUGGGGCUCUCUCUGUCCAUGUGCUGGAAAAUUUGAGUUGACCAUCUUCAGUGGCCAUUUGUGAGAGUGAAAUCUGCAUACAAAGGUUGCUCAGAGCCUCAGCUAGAGUUCAGUCUGUCAAGGCUGAUCCAGGCUGAGUGAAACAGGCACAUCUAGUUAGCAGGACCUUGGAGAAGCUCAGGCCCAUCACGUACAAUCUCAUGGGCCUUUUCCACUGUGGCUCAGAAGGUGGCACUUUGGUGUUCUAGCAUACUGGGUAAUGGCAGAGGUAGAGAAUCCCCCUUUGGGUACAGAGCGAUGCUUCCUGCUGUUGCCCAGACUCUGAGUGAAGAGAGCUGACUGCCUGGUCUAGAAGAGAGCUAAGAUAGGGUGGAUAGAUUUUUCCACAGUGACUGCUCACUUGCAGCAGAUGAAGACAGGGCUGUCUGAUUGUGGCAGCUCUGGAGCUCCUGAAGUUCAAAGUUGAGUUUCUAACCAAGGACCCAAAAUAACACUACGGGAGUUACGGAAGAGGAGCUGGGCACAAAGCUGAGUACUGAGUCAGAGUCCCAUGAAGGUUGAGUCCAACCAAAGUCAACCAUGUUCAUAGUGGGAAUUUAUGAGAGGACUAAAGAAAAUGUAUCAAUGGGAACUCUGUAUUUUAAGGCAUAGACCCAAUUCAUAUUGCUCAAAUCACACAGAAACAUGUAUUGAUUUAUGUAGUAAUGACUUCCAGGGAUAAAUCAGGCAUAGCUUGAACUAGGAACUCAAACAUUGCCAUUAGAUACUCUCUCUUUGUCUGUUCUCCUGUGCUGAUUUCACCCCCACCUCCCUAUAUGGUGGCCCUGUACAGUUUCAUGCUUGCAUUUUCCCAGAGUCAAGUUUGUUUUUAUAGACGUGCCUCAUUCUCAGGAGAUCCAGCAAAAAGUUCAUUGGAAU